AUGAGCCAGAGUCUGGGGCUGUUCCAAAUCUACUUUUCCUCUUGGCAGGAAACACAUCAUUUACUCCUUUACAACGACUGCGUUCCCGGGAUACUAACGGGCGCCGGAGCUGUCAGUGUGGGCCGUGUGAAGCUGGGCCACUGCACCCCUGUUUGCGGACCUCCUGCUAAGUUCAACAGCUCUGGGCUCCUCCUGACCCCCCUCCCUCUCCUGCUGCCCUCCUCCCUCCCUCUCUUGCUGGCCUCCUCCCUCCCUCUCCUGCUGCCUCCUCCCUCCCUCUCCUGCUGGCCUCCUCCCUCCCUCUCCUGCUGCCUCCUCCCUCUCCUGCUGCCUCCUCCCUCUCCUGCUGCCUCCUCCCUCCCUCUCCUGCUGCCUCCCCCCUCCCUCUCCUGCUGCCUCCUCCCUCUCCUGCUGCCUCCUCCCUCCCUCUCCUGCUGGCCUCCUCCCUCCCUCUCCUGCUGCCUCCCCCCUCCCUCUCCUGCUGGCCUCCUCCCUCCCUCUCCUGCUGCCUCCUCCCUCUCCUGCUGCCUCCUCCCUCCCUCUCCUGCUGCCUCCCCCCUCCCUCUCCUGCUGCCUCCUCCCUCUCCUGCUGCCUCCCCCCUCCCUCUCCUGCUGCCUCCUCCCUCUCCUGCUGCCUCCUCCCUCCCUCUCCUGCUGCCUCCUCCCUCCCUCUCCUGCUGGCCUCCUCCCUCCCGCUCUUGCUGGCCUCCCCCCUCCCUCUCCUGCUGCCCUCCCCCCUCCCUCUCCUGCUGGCCUCCUCCCUCCCUCUCCCUGCUGCCUCCCCCCUCCCUCUCCUGCUGCCCUCCCCCCUCCCUCUCCUGCUGCCCUCCCUCCUCCCUCUCCCCUGACCUCCACCUGAUGUAG